UGUCGGGACGAAAUUGCAAGCUGCCAUAUUUGGAGGAAUAUUUUUCCUUCAAGUUAAGCGAGUUAAAUCAGUUUGUGAGUGUAACCGUGAGUCAUUUUGCAGUUGUUUUUCAAACGCUUAGGUCCGGGACAUAUUUAAGAAGAAUACUCUGGACUUUUGGGUUUAUUUUACAUCGGGUUAAAGUUCGGAGGAGCUCGGUGCUGCGCUGCUCUGCAGAGAUGGCUGCUUAGCUCGGCUAGCUAACGUUAGCUGGUCCUGUAAACAAACACAGCAGUCAGCAAGGAAACAGUUACUCCAUUUUUCAAGGAGUGUUCAACAGACCGGGUCAACACUUCAUUAAGUUAAGAACUAUAUAACGUUAUAAACAUAGCUUUGUUUAGCAGCAGAAAGCCGUCUCGAUGCUGCAUGUCUACCAGUUCAGCGACACGACUUGAGUUUUGAUGACUGUGCGAGUUUCUUUAAAAUAGCUCGGAGCUUAGUUGCUUUGGAGCAGGUCGGAGUCCGCUGUAGUCGAAGCAGACACCCUAGAACCGGUCGGCAUGUCGUCUUUCUCCGAGUCUGCCCUGGAGAAGAAGCUGUCGGAGCUGAGCAGCUCGCAGCAGAGCGUCCAGACCCUGUCUCUGUGGAUCAUCCACCACCGCAAACACUCGGCCCUCAUCGUCAAGGUCUGGCACCGAGAGCUCAAGAAAGCUAAAAGCAACAGGAAGUUGACGUUCCUGUAUCUGGCUAACGAUGUCAUCCAGAACAGCAAGAAGAAAGGACCAGAGUUCACCAAAGACUUUGAGUCUGUCCUUGUGGAUGCCUGUUCUCACGUAGCCAGUGAAGCAGACGAUGGAUGUAAAAAGCAAAUGGAGAGGCUGCUAAACAUCUGGAAGGAGCGAAGCCUCUACAGAGGUGACUUCAUUCAGCAGCUCAAACUGGCCAUAGAGGACUCUAACAGCCCCAGGCCCUCAGAAGAGAAGAAGGCUGUAAAACGAAGCUAUCAGAAGAUUCAUGAAGAUGAAGAUGAUGAUGACGACGACUACAGAAGCCACGUAUCUCCUCACAGCACAGAUAACUCUGCAACUCAGCUGACGGAGGAGCUGGUGAAAGCCCUGCAGGACCUGGAGAACGCAGCAUCAGGUGACGCAGCUGUUCGUCAGAAGAUCGCCUCACUGCCGCAGGAAGUCCAGGAUGUUUCCCUUCUGGAGAAGAUCACAGACAAGGAGGCCGCAGACAAACUGUCAAAAACGGUGGAUGAGGCCUGUUUGCUGCUGGCGGAGUAUAACGGGAGACUGGCUGCAGAGCUGGAGGACCGCAGGCAGCUGGCUCGUAUGCUGACCGAGUACAUCAGCAGUCAGAAGGAGGCGCUAGCAGAAAGGGAGAAAAAACUGGAUGAGUAUAAGCAGAAACUGGCGAGAGUGACUCACGUGAGAAAAGAGCUCAAGUCCCACAUCCAGAGUCUCCCGGAUCUGUCCCUUCUGCCCAACGUUACUGGAGGCCUGGCUCCUCUUCCGUCUGCGGGGGACCUCUUCUCUACUGACUGAGAGCAAACAGUUCAACCAAACUACCACUGUGCCCCUCCCCAGCCAGAUUCAAGUCCUUCAUUUUAUCAGCAGCUACGCUUCAGAGAGCACACGUGGUGGAACCUGUCGCAGAACAGGAGCUAACUCAAUCCUAAAAGAGAGGAAAGAUGUUUAAAGAUAAGGCUUCUUCAAACUGCGGAGGAGAGCAGAGACUCAUUCAGACUGCACUGAUCCUCGAGGAUUCUACUCCACCAGCUUGGAAGUUUGUUUCCUGAUUGUUUUUAUUUUAGUUUUAAAUGCUGGAAUCGGCGUUUGAAUAAAAGCGACUUCCUCUGCGAUACAUUUUUCAGUUAAAUAAGUAAAGUUGGGCUGGUGGUUACAGCUGCACUGUGAAGAAAAUUAAAAAAAUUUUUAGUUGAAUUUUCUUUGGGAGGUGGGCGUUGUUAAAGUUUUCUGACUUGGUCAUAUUGGUGUGUGUACAACCAUAGAAAAGAUCACACUGGGUUCAUUUUGUUUGUUUUGGCAGCAGGUACAUCACACAUCUUAAACUUAUUUAGUGGUCUAAAUUAAUGGGAUUUAUUUUACAAAAAUAUCUUGGGAAAAUAUUUUGAAGUUAAACGGAAGAUUAAAGAUUUUCAUGCUUUAGUUUGAACAGAUUGUUAAAAUAUGAAGCUGAUAGUGUUUAAUAUGUUAGGUUUUGAAUUUUGGAAAGAAAAAAAACAAUUUAAACAUAAAAAAAUGUGCAGGUUUUCCUUCAAAGAAAAAAAUUAGAAAUUAUUAAGAUAAAUAUUUUGUUUACUGGCCUGAGCAAUAUGAAACAAAACAAAAAUAAUAAUCCAAAAGAAUUACUGUUUGCGUUCAGAUAAUUUUUUAAUGUCAUUUUGAAUUUGAAAACAAAAUCAAGACAAGUUUAAAAAACAAUUAUCAUUUUUACUUUAUAUUUUCACUGAACACAAUCAUAAAACUAUUUCUGUCCUUGUUUACCAGUCUCCAUGAUUACGUGUGAACAGAUUCACAUGUUUUGUUUUUGAUUCACAGUCCUUUAUUUUGGUAAGCAUAAAGAAACAAUAAUUUACAUACAAAUCCAUUAUUGUAUGUUUGAAAUGAUUUUCUGCACUCUGUGAAGGCGACAUCUUUGUUUAAUGAUUUUUUAACAGGAAAAAAUGCAUUUAUUGACAAAGAGCUAUAACAUUUUAUCCCUUAACCUAAUUUCUUGUUUGUAAACUGAGCGAUGCCUCCUGCCUGUUUAAAAACAGAUCUUUAAAAGAUGUGAUGAAGAUGGAUGUCUUCAGUUUUUUUUUAUUCAAAUGUUUGAAGUGUCAUCACUGAAAAACACAUUUUGACCUUUAUAAUGAUUCCCAGUGAACUGCUGUACACCAGAAGGAUUCUGGGAACGUUUUGAUCCCUGAUGUGCUGACUUGUUGAUAGUAUUUAGAUAUUUUCUUACCUACCUGCUGUUUAGUAUGUGUUUCUCUCUUCAGAGUAAAUGCUGUACUAGCAGGACGCUACUAGAAGUAGUGUGUUUCUUUUAUAAACGUGAUUUCAGUGGAUGCCAAUAAACUGGAACCAUUUUCACAAA